AUGCGCCCUCUGAGUAAGGAUGCCUGUCUGCGGUUGCGGAGCGGCAGUGUGCGUGUUGAGGACUUCUACACAGUUGAGACAGUCAGCUCUGGAUCCGACUGCAAGUGCUCAUGCACAGCUCCUCCAUCCUCCCUCAACCCAUGUGAGAAUGAAUGGAAAAUGGAGAAGCUGAAAAAACAGGCUCCUGAAUUACUGAAGCUCCAAUCCAUGGUAGACCUCCUCGAGGGAACUCUGUACAGCAUGGAUCUACUGAAAAUCCACUCCUACAUCAACAAGGUGGUCUCUCAGAUGAACACACUAGAAGAGACAAUUAAGACCAACCUAACACGAGAAAAUGAGUUUGUUCGUGACAGCAUGAUGAGCCUCACCAACGAGUUUAAAAGAUAUGAGAACUACUCCAACGUUAUGAUGAGCAUCAAGAAGGAGAUCUCCAGUCUCAGUCUGCAGUUGCUGCAGAAAGACUCCUCAGAGAGCAAAGCACAGGACACUCGUGAUGUGAAAACCAAGACUUUAAAAUUACCAAAUAAGAAGACUCCUGUAGUCAACUCUCCACCCAAGCCAACCAAAGAGAAGGCAGUGAAGCCCAAAAAGGAGAACAUUAAACCUGGGAAAGCAGGGAAGCCUGACCCUACAGUGAAAACCAAGGUGGUUGGUCACCAGCCCGGUGUCAUAAAGAGCAUGACAUACUACAAGGCCUCUAAAACUGAUGAAGAUGAGCAUGGAGAAGGUCUAGACCAGCACCACAGCGACCAGAACCAGGCCGAAUCCCGCCGCUGUCUGCAUGUUAUGUUUGCUUCCUCCACUGCUGCCUUUUUGGCGGAAAGCAGCGGCUGA